AUGCCCCUUAAACCCAUUCAACCCCUCUCAACCCCCCCUACUACCCCAGUCGCUCUCUUCAACGGCACCAAUGCUGAUGACCUCUCAUGCCCCUCCUGCUUGGGCCUGCUGGGAGGGAGCUCUGCACUGCUCAUAGCCUUUUUGAGCGGGGUGAGUGGAGUGACUGGGGUGAGUGGGGUGAGUGGGGUGAGUGGGGUGUGUGGGAUAAGUGGAGUGAGUGGGGUGAGUGGGGUGUGUGGGGUGUGUGGGAUAAGUGGGGUGAGUAGGGUGAGUGGGGUGUCUGAGUUGAGUGGGAUAAGUAGGGCGAGUAGGGUGGGUGGGCUGUGCAGGGGGGUGGGCUGUGCAGGUGGGUGGGCUGUGCAGCCUGCACGGGACGGCGGGCGCAGGUGCCUGUGCCCUGAGUCUCAAGCCUACGAUGCCAGCACCAAGGAGUGCCAUGUGGCUUGA